AUGGAUGGUAAGCCAACCAGUAAGAAAGGUUUGAAAAAACAACAGAAAGAAGCAGAGAAAGCUGCUAAAAAGGCUGAGAAACAACAAAAUAAACAGCAGGCAGAAGUUGAAACCGAAGAUUAUGCCAAAGAUAACUAUGGUAACUUACCUCUCAUCCAAUCAGCUUCCAAAUCAGCUCGGAGAUUACAGAAAAUCUCAACAUUAACAACUGAUUUAGCUGGCCAAAAAGUGUGGCUUCGUGGUCGAUUGCAUACUAGUCGUAGUAAAGGAAAACAAUGUUUUUUUGUAUUACGUCAACAAAAAUAUUCCAUUCAAGCAUUAUUAUCUGUUGGUGAAAAAGUCAGUAAACAGAUGAUUAAAUUUGCUGCCUCUAUCAAUAAGGAAUCUAUUAUUGAAGUGGAAGGUUUUAUACGUACAGUAGAUCAGAAGAUUGAGGCUUGUUCACAGCAAGAUGUUGAACUUCAUGCUGAACAGAUUUGGGUUGUAAGUUCUGCUGAGCCACAACUUCCUUUACAAAUAGAUGAUGCUAGUCGAAGAGAGGGGGAAGGGGAAUUGGCUACAGUGAAUCCUGAUACAAGGCUUGAUAAUAGAAUAUUAGAUUUACGAACCCAGACUAGUCUGUCUAUAUUCCGUAUAGAGGCUGGAGUCUGCCGAUUAUUUAGAGAAUAUCUGACAUCACAGGGCUUUAUUGAAAUCCAUACACCGAAAAUCAUUUCAGCUGCAUCUGAAGGAGGAGCUAAUGUAUUCACUGUGUCUUAUUUUAAAAGCAACGCUUUCCUAGCUCAAUCUCCACAGUUAUAUAAACAGAUGGCAAUAUGUUCUGACUUUGAUAGAGUCUUUACAGUAGGAGCUGUGUUUCGAGCUGAAGAUUCCAAUACCCACCGUCAUCUAACAGAGUUUGUAGGCUUGGAUAUGGAAAUGACUUUUAACUAUCAUUAUCAUGAAGUAUUAGAUGUUAUAGGAGAGUUGUUCUGUUCUAUAUUCUCUGGUCUACAGGAACAGUAUGCUGAAGAAAUUGCUGCUGUUCAUAAACAAUAUCCUGCAGAGCCAUUUAGAUUUCUAAGACCCAGUUUACGAUUGGACUACAGUGAAGGUGUACAGAUGUUGAAAGCAGCUGGUAUUGAAAUGGAAGAAGACGAAGAUCUUAGUACACCAAAUGAAAAGUUACUGGGUCGUCUGGUUAAAGCCAAAUAUGAUACAGAUUUUUUCAUUCUUGACAAGUUUCCAUUGGCUGUUCGACCAUUUUACACCAUGCCAGAUCCUAAUAACAAGAAAUGGUCCAACUCUUAUGAUAUGUUUAUGAGAGGAGAGGAAAUCUUGUCUGGUGCUCAGAGAAUACACGAUUCUAAAUUCUUACUAGAACGUGCAAAAGAACAUGAAAUAGACAUCAGUAAAAUAAAAUCAUAUAUUGAUGCAUUUAAAUAUGGAGCGCCUCCUCAUGCUGGUGGAGGAAUAGGUAUGGAGAGAGUAUUGAUGUUAUAUCUAGGAUUAGACAAUGUUAGAAAAACUUCUCUAUUCCCACGUGAUCCAAAACGUCUUACUCCUUAA